AUGUCUCCCCUAGUCGAGGAUGUGAAUACGCUGCCUGCGAUGAACAAAGGGUCUCCUAGCUCGGCCUCCUCUGAAGACGAGAAAGUUUCUUUCAAGGAUGAGAAGAGUUUCGAGAAGGGAGCCGAGGGUAAAGUCUCUGUCAAGUUUGCGGAUAUCGGGGGCGUGUUCGAGGAUGGACGUGCGAUUGACAUGGGCGAAGAUGGCAAAGAAAGGCCAAUAGUGUCUGCGGAAGACUGGUCGCUUCGUCUUAUUUCGCUCGACGAUGACACCACUCUUCCCGUAUGGACCUUCCGUCUAUGGUUCUGCUCCAUCGGUUUGUCGUGUUUCGGCGCCGUGUUAAGUCAGAUAUUUUCGUUCCGCCCCCAAACUGUCUACGUCUCCCAACUCUUCCUUCAAACAGCCGCUUUCGGUCUCGGCAAGCUCUUGGAAGAAAUUCUUCCGGGGCCCAAUAAUCGCCUUCCUCUUCUGCGAACCUCGAACAGCGCCUUUUGGCGCUUUAUCAAUCCCGGCCCGUUCAAUAUAAAGGAGCAUGUGGGUAUCCUCAUCAUGUCGGCGGCCGCCACGCACGGUGCUCUGGCUAUCAGCAUUUUCUCCGCUGAUGAUCUUUUUUAUGGAUUCCAACCAAAUCCAGCCAUUGCUAUUUUUACGCUGCUUGGAAGCCAGUUAUUGGGUUAUGGAUUAGCUGGGAUGAUGCGCUCGUUCCUGGUAUACCCUACGUUUAUCGUUUUCCCGAACUUGAUCCCUACAAUCCAAAUGUUCGAAGUCCUUCAUAGUAACACCAACAACUUCCUGCAGAAAAAAAGGAUUAAAUUUUUCUGGAUAUUGUUCGGCGGCGCAUUCGUCUGGGAAUGGUUCCCAGAAUAUAUCGCUCCUCUGCUUACGGGUGUCUCUAUCAUGUGUCUUGCUCGCCGGGAUAGCGCCUGGGUAACUCGCAUCUUUGGUGGCGCCGCUGGCAAUGAAGGUCUUGGUCUUUUCUCACUUUGCUUCGACUGGAACUAUGUAGGGUCUGGCGGAUCGGCCUACGGUGCUCUGUUUCAACCCUUGGCAACCCAGCUCUCUUUGUUCGGUGGUGUACUCAUUUGCAUAUUGAGCUUCGUUGGCGUAUACGCAAACAAUGUGUGGAACUCCCAGAAUUUUCCCUUCCUCACCCAGCUGCUCUAUCUUGAAAAUGGCACGGAGUAUGACCAAACUCUUAUCCUGGACGCAGACUACUCGAUCAACGCUACCAAGCUUGAAGCCGUUGGCCUUCCUUUCAUGGCUGGUACCCAAGUCAUAUCUAAGAUUGGCGCGAGCUUAUCGUUUGGAGCCACUGUCACACAUAUGAUUCUCUGGAAUGGUAAGCAGGUGUGGGAUACUAUCAAAAUAGCUCGAGCCAAUAAAAUCGAUGAUGCCCAUUAUGAGAGAAUGAAAGUGUACGACGAAGUGCCGAUGUGGUGGUACGCUGGAAUGUUUGUAGCAUCUAUAGCCAUGGCACUUGCUACAAAUUACACUGGCGAGGCGCUAUUGCCCUGGUGGGCGUUCUUCAUCGCCGUAGGCUUUGCCACGAUUUUCUUGCCCAUUAUAUCGACGUUAUAUGCUGUUUUAUGUUACGUUCCAGGGACUGAGGACAUUGCUAGAAUGCUCGGUGCAGCAUUAGUGCCCGGAAAGCCUCACGCAAAUAUGUACUUCACGAUGUAUGCCUACAAUUCCACCGAGCAGGGCCGCUCAAUGACACGGGACCUGAAGAUGGGACAAUACACGAAGCUCCCUCCCAGAGUAACGUUUACCAUGCAAUGCGGUGGUGCGGUCAUCGGCGCCAUUCUCAACUAUAUCAUCAUGAAAGUUGUUAUCAAUUCCAACCGUGAAAUCCUCCUCAGUAUACAGGGUACAAAUGUAUGGUCUGGAGCGUCUAUUCAGUCUUUCAACAGUGAUGCAAUUACUUGGGGUGGCCUUGCAAAAUACCUGUACCAACCUUCCGGACGAUAUGGCAUAAUUCCGAUGUCAAUAUUCAUUGGUCUCGUCGUUCCCGUUCCGUUCUGGCUUCUCCAUAGGAAGUAUCCCAAACUUCACUUUGAUGGUGUUAUUACACCGAUGAUCUGCAGUGAAAUCGGAGCUCUUUCGGGAGGCAUCAACUCCGCGGUUUUCAAUACAUUCUUGCUCUGCAUGUUUAGUCAGUUCUACCUGAGAAGGUAUCACCCGAGAUGGUUCAGGAAGUACAACUUCUUGAUGUCGGCUGCUCUUGAUGGUGGAACAGAAGUCAUGGUAUUCGUCUACAGUUUUGCGGUUGGAGGUGCUGGGGGUCGCGUCAUCAACUUCCCUAAUUGGGCGCUGAAUCCUGCCGGAAAUCCCGACUAUUGCAAGAGGCUGACAUAGUCGCUCCUGAAUUAGCUGUUGAUACGAGAUAGUGGAUGAGGGACACGUUGGUGACAUCACUCAAAACUCGUAUUUAAAGCUAAAGUUCUAUAAUUGAUAUCCGCGUCUUCGCCUCUACUAAGUACUCCUAAUAUUUAAAGUGAAGAGUUACGCCCGGAAACUUAGUUCGAGCUCUCGUCAAUCCUUGAUCCUCAAACCUACAA